UUCCAUUAUGCGCGUGUUCUGCUCAACUUGCAAGGAGUGCGAGGCUUCGACGGACCCAGCGUCGUUCGACGUCACCCUCACGUGCUCCAAAUGCAGUGGACCGUGCGUUCAACCUUCCGUCUUUGAAUGUGCCCAGUAUGGUCUCGUGGACGAACUCAAGUAUCUUCUGGAAGAGAAUGCCGAGACGUCUUCUCCUGUCGACAUCAACAUGCGCGAUGCACAUAACGCUACUCUCCUUCACUGGGCGUCGUUGAACAACCGUUUGCUUGUCAUGAUGUACUUGCUCGACGUGCCCGGCAUCGAUGUGAAUGCCCUCGGCGGGGAUUUGAAAUCCACCCCUAUUUACUGGGCCUCCCAUCGCAACAACAUUUACGCGGUGGCGCUGCUUCUUGAGCAUGAUGCCGACCCAGCGAUUGCCGACAAAAACGGCAUCAACGCCUUCUUCGUCGCUGUUCAAUCUGGGCACACCAUCUUGGCGUCGUACAUGAUUGCCAUGGGCAGCGACGUCGACACCCCCAGCCAAGAUGCCGACAAGUCGACGCCGUUGAUGUGGUUGUGUCGGUACAAGUUUGAGCUGGACACGAUGCGCAUGCUCAUUGGGCUGGGCGCCAACGUCCACGCCGUCGACGGCAAUGGUUACACUGCCUUGCAUUGGGCGGCGGCAAGAGACGUGCCGCUGGCGGCCAAGCACUUGAUCGACCUUGGCAUCGACCUGCACGCCAAGACCCCCAAAGGAGAAACCGCCCUGGAUCUGUCGAACCGUGUCGCAUGGGACAUCGAGGACGCCUCGCGUGGCAAGCGCACCGCCGCCGCCGUCGGCUUCCUUCGCAAAGUGUAUGCUUAUGACCAAGCGUACUCGACCUUUCCCCUCUCGAUUCUCAAGCAGCACAGCCAGAUGACGGGGUUCUGGACGCCGUGGGUCGUCUUGGGCUUGGGGGGGUACGCCACGCACGCGCUGGACGGACCGUACGUGGUCGCGGGGGUGCUGGCGGCGGUCGCCGUGGGGUACGCGCUGUAUUCGGUGGCGGGGCUGGGGGUGAACCCCGGCAAACGAAAGAACGCGAGCCUCAUGCUGGGUGUGAACGUGGGAUCGACCUUUUGGAUCGUUUUUGUUUUCCUGUCGUGCAUGGCCGAUCGCGUCCCCAUUGGUACGAUUCUGUUUGAAAUGGCGUGGGUUGGAGGUAUCCUCGGCUGCUUGUACGUGACCACGACCCGCGACCCUGGCAUGCUCCGCACCACCCCCGACGAGCGCCGCCGGGUACGUCGCCGCCGCCGCCGCAUCUCGUGUUGUGAUGAGCAUGCGAUAGAACAUUCGCGAGUUGGUCGACAUGAAGUCUCGGUCCGAGGUCAAGCUGUGCACGACGUGCAUCCAGCGCCGGCCGCUGCGGUCGAAGCAUGACGCCGAGCUCAACGGCUGCGUCGCCCGCUUCGAUCAUUUCUGUCCAUUCGUUGCCAACGCCGUGGGCGCUGCCAACCACACGUUUUUCCUGGGGUUUUUGGUGUGUGCGGUCGCAGGCAUUGGGGGUUUCCUCGGUUUGGCGUAUGAUUGUACGAGUUUAUCUCCAUAUAUUUCAUGUUUUGGUUGUGUUUCCGACACUCCACGGGUGUAGAUUUGUGCGACGUGGUGCGUGACGAUGUCACAUAUUGGGACAUGGCGACCCAUCUCACCCACGACUACCCCGUCGUGAUCAGCACAUGCGUCUUGGCCAUCGUCCACUUUACCUGGAUCGGCUACCUCCUCGGCGCCAACAUCUACGGCGUUCUCUUCGCAUGGACGACCAACGAGUGCGUCCUCCAGGGCCGCGUCCGCGUCGACCCUGCCGCGCCCAUGGCCCAUCACUCCAAGUACUCGCGAGGCAUCAAGCAAAACGUGAUCGAUUUCUUUCAUCUUCCCAUCGGCCACAACCGCAUCGACUGGGCCAAAGUGAGGUUUUACAACCACGCUGACAUCCAAGCGUACCAAGACACGACCGACGCACCUCACGAGGAAUAACUAGUAGAUGAUGCAGCCUUUAGUAACAAGAUGAAGUAUUGUCUAACGG